AAAGCUGGCUUCUUUCAUACUGGUACUAAAACUAUUGUGACUUGUUUUUAUUGCAAUGGUUCUUUACAAAACUGGGGUCCAAAUGAUAAUCCAAUGAUAGAACAUGCUCGUUGGUUUCCACAUUGUGCAUAUGCAAAACAAUUGUGUGGUGCUGAACUGUAUCGAAAGAUUCAAGAAUCAACGCAAACUCAACAAGCAACACCUAGUUCUAAGAAUUGGAUCAAUCAGUUAAUAAUCAAUAAUAGUAGCACAGUCGAUUAUCGAUGGUCAACAUCAGAUGAGGAUACGUUAUGGCAACUUGUAGCUGCUCGACUUGAUUUGCCUAUUUCACAGAGUCUCCUUAGUCGUAACUUCAACCUAUCGAUCAUUAAGAGAUGUUGGGAAGAUCAACUUCGAUUAAAACAUGAAGAUUUUGUGAGUGAUUCUGAUCUGUUAAUGGCUUGUACAAUUCUUCAGAAACAAAUUGAAUAUAUUGAUGGUAAUAAAGAACAUAUUAUUAUUCCAAUUAAUCAAUUAACAAAUCCAAUUGUAAAACCAAUUCAUCGUUUUCAUAGUCAUCAAAAAAUAGUUCAGAUUGAACCAGUUGAUGAUAAAAUUGAACAAAUUGAUAUAAUUCAAAAUCAUACAACACAUUCUGAUAAAAUAACUAAAUAUCGUGAAGAAUAUGAUGAAAAAAUUCAAGAAUUGGAAUCACGUAUUAAAGCAAUUGAAGAAUGGAAAGCAACACAUGAAGCAGGUGAAGUACGAAAAACCACGGAAAUACAAAAAGUAAAUGAAGUUAAUAAAGAUCUUUUCUCACAUAAACUUGAAAAUAAAACAUCACAUACAAAAGAUACUGAUGAACAAGAUGACCAUGAUGAUCAUUCAAGUCGUCUUAUUGAAGAACAACACCGGAAUUUAAAUAAUGAUUCGUACAUCUUGUUCGAUAAAAAACAAGCUGAACAAAUCGAAUUAUUAAAUUCGACAAUUAUUGAACGUGAUCGAAAAAUGGUAGAAUUAUAUGAUAAUGAAGUUUUACAAUUUGAAGAACGUGAACGAAAAUUAAUAAAUGAAAUAGAACGAUUACGUAUACAAUCAUUAAAAAUGAACCAAUCUUAUACAACACGUUUACAUGAUUCUGAAGAACAAGCAAGAUCUUUAAGAGUCCGAGUAUCACGACAACAAGACGAACUUGAGGAACAGGCAAUAGUUAUUGAACAAUUUCUUACAGAUGGAGAUCGACCAAAAAAAUUAAUAUCAGCUAAUUUGGCUACAUUAACACAGCAAUAUCAAAAACUUGAAGAAACCAACAUAAACUUGACUAAUCAAUUAGUUUAUGAAAAGAAACUUUCACGAGGUUUAAUGUGCUUGUUAGACACAAAUUUAAGAGCACGUGAACAAGCUUUAACAACAACUCAAACAACAACUGCUAAUCCAUUACCAUCUAAUAUUCAUAAUUUAGGUCAACAACUUCAACCACCUAAAAAUAUUUCAUAUUAUCCACAAUUAAUAACUGAUGCAUAUAUUGCCAAACAACUUGUUAAAGAUUUAUAUUUUGGCUUUACACAAGAUGAAUAUGAAGCUGCACUUCAUAGCCAACUAACUAAUACUAAUAAUAAUGGAAAAAAAAAGCCAGUUGGUAUUAUUCCUGAACAUCAUCAAUUAGCCAUUCGAAAUUAUCAAGAAUUAAAUAAAUUACGUGAAGUUGUACCUAUGGGUAAAUGCUAUUUCAAUUCAAUAUUUAUCUUUAAUUAA